UUGCGUGGCAUUGUGGAAGUGGGCGGAGAUUAAGACCCUGGUAGGGAGAAGAAGGAAAGAGGACACACCGCAUAUUGAAACGAUGGCUGCCAUUCGUAAAAAGCUUGUGAUUGUUGGGGAUGGAGCCUGCGGAAAGACCUGCCUUCUCAUAGUCUUCAGUAAAGACCAGUUUCCAGAAGUUUAUGUGCCCACCGUAUUUGAAAACUAUGUGGCGGACAUCGAAGUGGAUGGAAAACAGGUGGAGCUAGCCUUGUGGGAUACUGCUGGUCAAGAGGACUACGACAGAUUAAGACCCCUAUCCUACCCAGAUACUGAUGUCAUACUUAUGUGUUUUUCCAUAGACAGUCCUGACAGUUUGGAGAAUAUUCCAGAGAAGUGGACUCCUGAGGUAAAGCACUUCUGCCCAAACGUGCCUAUCAUCCUCGUGGGCAACAAGAAAGACUUGCGCAACGAUGAGCACACACGAAGGGAGCUUGCCAAAAUGAAACAGGAGCCUGUGAAGCCAGAGGAGGGAAGGGACAUGGCCAACCGCAUCAAUGCCUUCGGUUACCUAGAAUGCUCUGCCAAGACAAAAGAUGGCGUGAGGGAAGUCUUUGAGAUGGCCACCAGGGCCGCGCUGCAGGCCAAGAAACGUGGCAAGAAGAAUGCGUGCCUGCUGUUAUAGAAACCUCCACCUGGACAGGACGGAGACGGGGGAAGGGGGAUGAGGGGGCCCAGAGAACACAGAAAGGGAAGGGACGGGAUGGGACAGGAUGGGGUAGGUUUGUCUUUCUGGCGUGGAUGCAUUGGGAGGGAGGAAGGGGGGGGUCAGCAGAGGUUAAAGGUCACAGUUUGCUUGGCAUG